AUAACGAAAGGUGGUUCGAAUCGUGCUGGGGGGUAGGUAGGGUAGAGUAGAGCGAGCCAGUCAAGGCAAUCAGUAAAGUCACCAGUCAGUCGGUCAGCCGGUGCUACUCGUCUCGUCAACUCGUCACUCGCUGCUAACGAUGAGUUCGUUGUGGUGAUAGUUGCCAGUUGCAGAGAAACCGCCGGCGAGUGUGCGAGCGACGUCGAAGAAUUCGUGCGCGCUCUGGCGCACAUCGCAUUAAUUUCGCCCUGCAUACAUCCAUUCUGGCCGAGUAACACGCGCUGCCCGAGAUUUAUCAUAAUAACUUGGAUCUCUUGGCUGAUCUUUGAGUUGAAACGUUGGUUUGAAAAAUUAUACGCGUUAUAAGUAAUCGCGUUACAGUGCUUCGUUUACGUGGUGUGUACUCUCUCUCUCUCUCUCUCUCUCUCCUGUUGAGACCUUUCCCCUGUCCCCCCCGGCCGUGCUCCCUUGUUCCGCUCUCCUUGCUCCUCGAUCCUCGAUCUCGUGUAAACAGACCGCGCGUUAUAACGCCGUGAGACAGAUUAUGAUUCUUCCUCAUUAUGUAAUUUGAGAAAAUGUGGAUAUGCUAUGGUGGAUAUUAAGUGUUCACAUGAGAGUUACCACUCGAUGUCCUAUGACGGGUGGCAUUUUUCGAAAAUGACUGACACACCUCCUUCCCCCGCUGCGGCUUUGGUCAACGUGAUAGGUAAAGUUGGCUCCAUUGUGAAAUGUAUCAUGAGAACUGGGUUUGUUCUCUUGAACAAUGUUUAUUGCAUACCGACCUACGUCAUAUGGAUGAUGUUACUAUUUCCUGUAAAACUCUAUCAGCCUCAAAUUUAUUGGCGAAUAGAGGGUUUAUUUUUCCAUUGGCUUUUGGCGAUGGUGUCAAUGUGGACAUGGUCCGCCGGCUACGACAUUGUGGAGCAAGGUGACGAUAUACAAAAGAUCGUGAAUGAAAAAACGCUUGUAAUAGCAAAUCAUCAGAGUACAGCAGAUGUUCCUAUGUUGAUGACGACAUUCAACGCAAAACCAGACGUUUUGCCAAAUUUAAUGUGGAUUAUGGAUAGGCUUUUCAAAUUCACCAACUUUGGUAUAGUCUCGAUUCUGCAUCAGGAUUUUUUUAUUGUUUCGGGACGUACCAGGCGGGAAGAAAGUUUAAAACAAUUGAAAAAGCAUUUGAGGGAUGCUUAUUUGCCACUGAACAGAAGAUGGAUGGUACUUUUUCCGGAAGGUGGUUUUCUGUGCAAGAGACGAGAAACAUCACAAAAAUUCGGAAGGAAAAACAAUCUACCGAUCCUGGAAAAUGUCUCUCUACCAAGGGUCGGAGCGAUUCAAACGAUAUUCGACGAGAUCGGAUCGACGCAGAACAAUAAUUCAUCGGAUCAACGAUCAAACAAUCGAUCGAGUGCGAACGUGGUCGUUAAGCCCGAGAUCAGUUGGGUUUUGGAUAUAACGAUUGCGUAUCCUCAAGGAAAGCCAAUUGACUUGUCAGAGAUUGUAACGGGCUCGAGAGCCCCCUGCGAAACCGUCCUCUUUUAUCGAUUAUUUCCAAGCUCGGUGGUCCCAAGAGAGCCCGAAUUGCUAUCCAAGUGGUUGUACGAAAGAUGGGCGGAGAAAGAAGUACUUUUGGAACAUUUUUACAAGAAUGGCACUUUCGUGGGAACCCGGGAAUAUCAGGAUGGUGGCGAAGGUUCGAAAGUUCAGCAGGAUCCAUUGCGAUUUCUCGUUUUACAUCUCUUUUUCAUAACCUCAACCUACAUCCAUUACAACAUAUUUGCUUACGUUUUAUCGUUUUUAUGGUGAAAAUCAUGAAGGUCGAAAUCCGGCAAUGAAAUCGGCAUUGUUCACUCGUUGCGUCUCACCAUUUACACUUUUCCUCCUCGUUUUAUUUCUUUUUUCUUCUUAUUGACGCGCAAACCUUUCAAAUGAGAAGGAUCGACGAGGCUGUUAGUGCCUUCCUUCCUCAAUCUGCUGAUCAGGAAAUUAUUCUCGAUACUGAAACCGAUAAGCAGAUACGUAUGAAUGAUUUACCGAGAGAACGACUCGAGCGUGCUCGGCUGAAUUUUCCUCCGAAUUUCUAACGAAUAUUUCAAUUGCGAUUUCCAUAUGACACCGGACAACGAGUUUACCCGAAAUCUCAUCACCGUACCGUCAACGAUCGCGUACAUCGAUUUUUUUCUUUCGAUAAUAUGACGAAUAAAAGGUGAAAUUGAAAAGGGAAGGAAAAAAACGAGAGUCGCUCGCUGGCUGUGGGCUGUUCGAAUUUUGAAUCUGUUUGCUUGUGAACUUUCGAAGCUCUUUUAUAGUUCAGCCACCACCGGAAAUUUUGAAAAAAUAAAUUUUUUUUUCUACAAAUUAUUUCAAUUGGUUUUUUCUAUUGGAUUUAUUGGAAUAAUGAUACUUUCCUCCUAAAUGAUUUUCUCCGUGCCUCAUGAUCUCUCUAUUUUCUGACUAAGCGUUAUGGGACAUGACAUAAUUUAACCAGAUAAUCCGAGUGUUCCGAGUGUAUUUCUUACACAAUCCAAAACCCCAUUAUUUCAACAUUUUUAUAAUAAUUAUUGUGAAAUAAUGAUUUGAAUUGAUUUUUCAUUCGAAUAAUGCCCAUACCCGGUAAGCCAGAGCAGCCCCUCUUUGAUAAUAUGAAUUAAUGGCGGGGACAGAACGAGAGAAAUAAGCAGUGUUAUAAUAUUCGUCAUAGUUAUAAUUAAUAAUAUUUUGUAUUAAUUAUAAAUAACUAUUACAAUAAUUACGGAAUCGUCGAGCUAAGGAAAAACGGAGAAAAAUUCGAUUAACGGAAUAAUUAUUGAUAAGCAUUACGGAGUUGAGUCGGCGACAAGAUGAAGCGUCGUCGUCGUCGUCGUCGUCGUCGUCGUCGUCGUCGCCGUCGCCGUCGCCGUCGUCGUCGCCCCCCGUCACCGCCGUCGUCGUUCACGUCGUCCUCGUUUGUGAUAAACAUAUUAGGGAAAAAUUAUUUUUGAAAGACACAAAGUCAACGUCGCUGUGAGGCGUAAUUUUUUCUAUCACCCACUCUAGAUCGAGAUAGUGUGGGUUUUACAUACAAAAAAGUGAUAAGUCGUGGAAAUACAUAAGAGCAUUAAUAGUGGAAGAAAAAGAGUGACUACUUUUGUCCCGAAAAGAACGAAAGUUCUUUGCUCAACGCGUCCGUUCCUCGUCAUAGCCAAUAUUCAUAAUUAACGGACGCUUCGAAUCAGCCGUGCCUUGUUCCACCAGCCCUCGAUCAUGGCUUUUAUAAUAUCCGGUUGUAAAUAAAUAAUCCUUUUGGGUAUCGAAGGGUGCGUAGAAGAGAGGAAAAACCAAGUAACUAACAAACGGUACACAACAAUCGGUCGCAUUCGAGCACGGACUAACGAUAUUAAUUAUCUCUAAUUACUCAUUUUUCAAAGUCAUUUACACCGCUGUUUCUUAGUCGUUUCAGAAGUGCAAAUAAUCAAUUUUCUAUUCUAUAAAUGAUUAAUUUGAAAAAAAUAUUACAACCUUUUAGUAGGCGUUAAUCGCAUUGCUGCUGCGUUUAUUUUUUUCGAUCGUAUACGUUCCUCUCGGAUCAAUACGUAAAAAAUAUAUAUAAAUAACGAAAGAGAGAGAGAGAGAGAGAGAGAGAGAGCGAGAAAGAGGGAAUAUGAGGAGUAAUGGAAUUGUGAAAUGGGUUGAAAAACGGCGAUGUAAUCGUGUGUGUGGUCUCGUUACAAACGUGAUUAUAUAAUAUAUAUUUUUACUUAGUCACAGGUAAAAUCUUCACUCGAAAUGAAGCCGAGAAACAAAUUACUAAAAAAAAAAGGAGAAUAAAAAACAAGAGUUUAGGUUAUUCCAUCGUGUAACAAAUCUUGUAGAUAGACUUCUCUUUCGAAUAUAUUAACAUUUUAUUUCGUAAUAAUUUAUUGACGUAAUCUAUGAAACAAUAUGAAGUGAAAUCCAUAUCGUUUUCAACUUUGUAACUCAGGAAGUUAAUGAUCGAUCGGUGGCAUUGAUUUUGGAACACCGAGACAAUUAUAUAUCAUCUUGCAUAACAGAUCGAUUUUAUUGUUGUCCCGUUGAUCGUCGUUCUCGUCAUCGGCGUAGCGGCUCGCACUUUCAAUAUUUUCAUUCUCACUAUCGUUUUAUAUAUCAUCUCCGAUUUGACUAGUUUUCGGAGAUGUAAAGUGAAGAGCUUCUCACAGUUGGAGGGAUGAAUGGGAACGAGACGGGUGAGCGAUGAUAAUCGACGACAUAAAAAAGAAAAGGUAUAUUAAUAAGUCAAUUUAAAGAAUAGAGCGAGCGAGCAAAAUGUCAGUUGAGCUGUGCGUGACUUUUUCCUUGGCACUUGUCCGAUUUGGCAUUGCGAUUGGCCUCAAAAAUUAUUUGACUGCAUUUCUUCGCAUUUAACUCGUUUGCUACAUCUCUUUCGAAUGUCCAUUUAUUCGUUUGUACUUUUUGACAGCCUUUGUCACAUACUUUUAUCCAUUAAAAUAAAAAUAAAAAAUAAUAAUAAUUCAUAUGACGAUGUAGAGCAGCACGAAUGAUUGUAUUUCCUGAACUCAUUUGUACACACACAAUACGAAAUCCCGUAGAGGAAUAACCCUUGUAAAUAAUAAAGGUGAGCUUGAAUCAAAUAAUGUCUGCGUUUUACAUGGAUAAACGUUGUAAAGCUAAAUUUAUCAAAAAAUUAGCUUGUGCUAAUUAUUUAAGGAAGCAUUUAUUCUUUAGUUUACAACCAUCUAUGUAUCAAUUGGAUUUUUUUUCUCCAUCUCUCCCGUUGAUAUCUCCAACACUCCGACUCAUCUAAUAUUCUAUUUAUUUUCUUUUCUUUAUGAGAACAAGUACGUGUUCUACGUGUUAUUAGACGAAUAUAGCUCUACCCAUAUUUAAUCAUGCAGUCGCUGCACCAACGCUGCUAGUAUAUACUUUAUUUGACUUUGCGAAUCUCGUAUAUAUUGAAGAUACAGUUUUUCAUAAAUUCGUGGUACUCUCGACUCUCCAUUCUCGCCACUGCACAACCGUAUAAUUGUUCCGAAAUGCGCGGAUCGAGGAAAUUGCGGUGUCUCAACAUUAUGGAAUGCAUGCGACGAUUGUAAAGUUUUACGGUAAUUGUCUUGAUCGAUAUAUAGAAUAAAAGAAAAUAGAAUUGUUCCAUGAUGUGACCGAUCGAUCGAUACAUUCCUUUAGUCAUCAUAUAUACUACUACUAUUUUUUCAUAAUUGAGACAUAAUAACGCGGCAAUGAAAAUUCCAAUAAAAUAAAGGAGCAUUGAAUCGAGCUUUUCCUAGUCGACGACAUGAGAGACACAAAUUUUCGGUGACAACUUUUUUCAUUCUCGAAAUAUGAUCAUCGGAUGUGAGCACAAGGAAAUAUGUCGUAUGCUGCUUCAAUCGAGAUAAGUACUAUAUAUUGUGCUGAGACUGUCAAGAUAUAGGAAACUUUUAUUGAUAAAAUUUUAAGAAAUACGGUGCGCGUAAACCUUUUUUCUAGUUAUCGAUCCUGUUUUGAAAAUAGGAAGCCUAUAACGUGAAUUCUUGGGCAAGAGCGGACGAGAAAAAGAAGUAUGCGUGCUCCGCUUAUGUUAUUAUCAUGUUAAAUAACAUACGUGCUGUCUUAUACUGGUCAUGUAUUUCAUACAUAAGUAUAUAUAUAUGUAUACUAGAUAUAUGUAAUAAUAACUGUAACUAGAAUUCGCAACAAUAAUGACAAAAUAAAUUGUCGAUACGAGUAUGAACGAA